UAAGCUUAAGAAAAAGGAAAAGUGGGAAAGAAAAGACCAAAGUGACAAUAGAGCAGCAAAGAGGGUGAUGAGAUGGAGGGAAAGAGAUUUUUUGUGGCGGUUCACGUCGGCGCCGGUUACCACGCUCCGUCUAACGACAAGGCCCUCAGGUCCGUCAUGAACCGUGCUUGUCAAGCAGCCGCUUCCAUUCUGUCCAGCGGUUCGGGAACUGGCCUAGACGCCGUUGUAGCUGCCAUUCAAGUGUUGGAGGAUGAUUCCUGCACGAACGCUGGCAGAGGCUCUAAUUUGACCGAGGACGGUGGAGUGGAAUGCGACGCCAGUGUGAUGGACGGAAAAUCUGGAGCUUUUGGGGCUGUUGGAGCAGUGCCAGGUGUCCGCAAUGCUAUACAAAUUGCCGCUUUAUUGGCCAAAGAACAACUGAUGAGAUCUCCAUUGCUCGGUCGGAUUCCUCCAAUCUUCUUGGUUGGCGAAGGGGCUCGCAAAUGGGCCAAGUCUAAAGACAUUGCUUUGCCAACUAGUAUAGAGGAGGCCAAUGAGUGGCUGGUCACAGAAAGGGCUAAAGCACAAUGGAUAAAAUUCAAAUCCAUGGUUGAAACUGCUAGAUCUAAGGCAGACAACACUCCUGAGUUUGAUUCUUCCGUCUGUCAAAGUACCACAAUACCAGAUAGUGCUUUAGAAGAUCACGUAAUGGACACUGUUGGGAUUAUUUGUGUAGAUAAUGAGGGGCAUGUUGCAACUGGAGCAUCCAGUGGUGGUAUUGCUCUAAAGGUCAGUGGACGUGUUGGGUUGGCAGCAAUGUAUGGUGCAGGUUGUUGGGCAUCAUCAAAAGGGCCCUUUGGAUCUCCGUUCAUGGCUGGUUGUUGUGUAUCAGGGGCAGGAGAGUACUUAAUGAAAGGAUUUGCAGCUAGGGAAUGCUGUGUUUCAUUGUCACUCUCACAGUCUGGUGCUGCUUCUGCUUGCACAAAAAUUUUACGGUCUGUUGUUGAGGAUGGCAGGCAAUGUGAUACUGAUAGCAGUGCAGGGAUCUUGGUUGUGCAAUCAGAUGCAUCUUUAACAGAUCAAGGAAAAUCAUCAAGGCUGAAAGCUGUAGAGAUUGCUGCUGCAUACACUUCCUUAUCCUUUGGAGUAGGAUAUUUUGGAAGCUCUAUGGAACGUCCCAAGGUUUCCAUUCUUAGGAGUACAAAACAACAAAGCAGGAUGGCAAUAGAUCAAUUUGGGGCACGGAUAGAUCUUUCAAAUGGAUAGUUAGUGUGACCACGGGUCAAAUUUUCCGUGUGAUGAGGUGAAGUUCGUGACACCUACAACAAAAUUACUUGAUUUUCUAUAUCCAGUUUUUCGAUAAUCAUUUUAGUUCAAGCUAUUUUGGUUAGGAUAGAUAUAAGAUUUCAUUGUUGAUUGUCAAGUAAUGGUCAAUGAUUCUAUGGACUGAGUCAUACAGAACUUAGUUUUCAUGUUAAAUUAAUUUAUCUGUCUUCAACAUUUAC